AUGUACUUAGCAACCGUGUACAACUCUCCAACCAAGUUGGUGCUUGGUCGCCAUAAAACUUAUGCAUGUGUAAGUAACGGAGGUCAUUGUGUCUACAUACUAUGGCAUAAACCGCCCAAGUUCGUCGUUGUCCAUGGCAAAUCCGUGUUGCAAAUGGUGAUAGCAGAGUUACAGGUGGCUGGCUAUAAUUAUGCUUUAAGAUGGUAG